AUGAGCAGUGUCGGGAACGAGGAAGAGGAGGAGGACUACAUGUCUGAAGCCUUCUUGGAAAGCCUUGCCCAGGAUAGCGCGAAUGACAAGACGAGGAGAGAAAAUAUUACAUAUUCAGAGCGGCGACGACAAAAGCACACUGAGCACCUUGCCAACCUUCCCAAGCCGCUGCAUGUCCGAGAAAAGGAGGCGCGAGAGAAAGGAUUGACCAAGGAGAUUGGGGAGGAAAAUAAGGGCAUGGCUAUGCUCCUCAAGAUGGGAUUCAAAAAAGGUGGAACGCUAGGAGCAUCAAAACCACAGACCAGCAUUGCAGAAGCGUCCGCUCCUUCAAAAACAUCUCCCGAUUCGAUAAGCAAGGAUGGUAAAGCCCUCGGUCGCUCGGAUGCACUGCGGGCACCUCUCGAGAUUCAGAUCAAACAGGGCCGCGGUGGACUGGGUAUGGAUUCUUUACGGAAACGACAAGCUGAGGAAGAAUUACAAAGACACGAGAGUGAGGCCCAUCGCGUCUUUGAUGAGGGCUUUCGUGGUCAGAAGCGCAAUCAAUUUGAGCUCGAGAAACGGACGCGUCAAGUGGGAGCAGCAAGAGGAAUCUGCAUGGUCAUGGAUGCCAAGAAGGCUCAAGCUGAUUCUGAAAUAGCUGAGACAAAUCAACUCAGAAACUUAGGAAGAUCCAACUCGUUUUGGUGGAUCGCAGAUUCGGUACCGGACGAAAUUCUGGGCACGAAAUUGAUGGGCCCUGGCGCCGAAGUUGUCGUUCAAGAGGACGGGUUGGCACUGGAACGGGGUGAGGAGGCUUCGAUAGGCGCGUUUGAUCACAGCGAUGAUGAGGAUGGUGGCCCGGAGCACAAGAAGGAGAAAAGGAUCAAACUAGACCCCUUGCGAACUGUUGAAGUCUAUGACAAUGUCGUGCAGGACGAGGAACCACCAAAGUGGGGCGAAAGACCAGAUUUUGCGCAGCUGGAGAUGCCUGAGAAACUUGCAAAAGUGGUUCAACAUCUUCGGGAUGAGCAUCUCUAUUGCUUCUGGUGUUCUGCUCAGUACAGUGAUCCUGAAGAUCUGGCAGAGAAUUGCCCUGGGCCUACUGAAGAUGAUCACUAACUGCCAUGUUCUCUUGUAGUAUGCGCUGUUGUAAAUAAACAACAUAAAGGAUAUUGUUAUGUUUUUUUGACGAUG